GCAAGUACACCUCUGUGUCCGACCGGCUUCUCGACAUCUCACCAGGGGAGGUUGUGCGUGGUCUCUGCCGGAAGCUACAGUCUAGCUGACUGUCAUGGUUACUGCAAAAAAAGUAAAAUAUUAGAAGUGAAACCUGCCACCUAAGGGAAGGAGGAUCUCACAGUCACGACUAACUCAGUGAACACCUGAGAGCAAUGGACAUCCAUGGAGCCAGCAUCGUAUAGUAAGGACCAGGUGCCAGCUUGAGGAUUUGCAAAGACAAUAAAACCCCAAGAAAAGUCUCUGAAUAGGGGACACCCUGGGGUAAGAAACAACAGUCUGUAACUGUAAAUGAAGAGGCGAGGACCCAAGAUUUUAUCCAUUACAGAGGAGAGACUGCCAGCCGGGCGUCUCAUGAAAGGUAGAUCCCUGCUGUCUGGACUGGACAAGCUCUGUAAGGACUGACCAUUGGAGCCUGCUGAGAAGAGAAAGCGAUGGAAGCCCGAGCCAAAGCCCACCACGCUGUGAAGAAGACCAAGAUGUACCACAGCUCGUCCCAAUUAAUGGAUUCUGACAUGGAUUAUGAGAGGCCAAACGUAGAAACUAUCAAGUGCGUCGUGGUUGGGGACAACGCGGUGGGCAAGACUCGGCUCAUUUGCGCCCGCGCCUGCAAUGCCACGCUGACCCAGUACCAGCUUCUCGCCACCCACGUGCCCACAGUCUGGGCCAUUGACCAGUAUCGUGUUUGCCAGGAGGUGCUGGAGCGCUCCCGAGAUGUGGUGGAUGAUGUUAGUGUGUCCUUGCGACUCUGGGAUACCUUUGGGGACCACCACAAAGAUAGACGCUUCGCUUACGGAAGGUCUGAUGUUGUGGUUUUAUGCUUCUCCAUUGCUAACCCGAACUCCCUGCACCAUGUUAAGACUAUGUGGUACCCAGAGAUCAAGCACUUCUGCCCCCGAGCACCUGUCAUCCUGGUGGGCUGCCAGCUUGACCUUCGCUAUGCCGACCUGGAAGCAGUCAAUCGAGCCAGACGACCCUUGGCCAGGCCAAUCAAACCCAAUGAGAUUCUGCCACCAGAGAAGGGGAGGGAGGUGGCCAAGGAGCUGGGCAUCCCCUAUUACGAGACCAGCGUGGUAGCCCAAUUCGGUAUCAAAGAUGUCUUUGACAACGCCAUCCGGGCCGCCCUUAUCUCCCGCCGGCACCUGCAGUUCUGGAAGUCCCACCUCCGCAACGUCCAGAGGCCGCUGCUCCAGGCCCCUUUCCUGCCUCCCAAGCCACCCCCACCCAUCAUCAUGGUCCCAGACCCCCCUUCCAACAAUGAGGAGCACCCAGCCCACCUGCUGGAGGACCCACUGUGUGCAGAUGUCAUCCUAGUGCUGCAAGAGAAGAUCAAAAUCUAUGCCCACAAGAUCUACCUCUCCACCUCCUCCUCCAAGUUCUACGACCUGUUCCUGAUGGACCUGAGUGAGGAGGACCAGCAGGGGGCAGCUGGGGGCAGUUCCGGGGCUACCGUCUCCACCGCCGCUACCGAGCGGACGCUGCACCAGGAGGAGAGGCACCACGGGCGUGACUUCCUCCUCCGAGCCGCCAGUUUCGACAUCUGCGAAAGCACCGAGGAGUUCAGCUCCAGUCAGCGCCCACCGUGCCUUAGAGCCUCCACCAGCGACGGGAUCCUGCGAGGCAACAGCUACGAGAAAGGGCAGCGCGGGCUGAGGCGGGGGAGGAUCCUGUCCUCCUGGAGCCGUGCCUUCGUCAGCAUCCAGGAGGAGAUGGCCGACGACCCCCUGACCUACAAAUCCCGGCUCAUGGUGGUGGUGAAGAUGGACCCUUCCAUCCAGCCCGGGCCCUUCCGGGCGGUUCUCAAGUACCUGUACACGGGGGAGCUGGACGAGAACGAGCGGGACCUCAUGCACAUUGCCCACAUCGCUGAGCUGCUGGAGGUCUUCGACCUCAGGAUGAUGGUGGCCAACAUCCUGAACAACGAGGCGUUCAUGAACCAGGAGAUCACCAAAGCCUUUCAUGUCAGGAGGACCAACCGUGUGAAGGAGUGCCUGGCCAAAGGGACUUUCUCUGAUGUCACCUUCAUCCUGGACGAUGGUGCUAUUAGUGCCCACAAGCCCUUGCUCAUCUCCAGCUGCGACUGGAUGGCUGCUAUGUUCGGGGGUCCUUUUGUGGAGAGCUCCACCCAAGAGGUGGUGUUCCCUUACACCAGUAAGAGCUGCAUGCGGGCUGUUCUCGAGUACCUGUACACCGGCCAGUUCAGCUCCAGCCCGGACCUCGACGACAUGAAGCUCAUCAUCCUGGCCAAUCGGCUGUGUCUGCCACACCUGGUGGCUCUCACAGAGCAGUACAUGGUGGCGGGCCUGAUGGAGGCAUCGCAGAUGUUGGUGGAUAUCGAUGGGGACGUCCUCGUGUUCCUGGAAUUGGCGCAGUUCCACUGUGCGUACCAGCUUGCAGACUGGUGCCUUCAUCACAUCUGCACCAACUACAACAAUGUCUGUCGGAAGUUCCCCCGGGAUAUGAAGGCCAUGUCAGCAGAGAACCAGGAGUACUUUGAGAAGCACCGCUGGCCGCCGGUCUGGUACCUGAAGGAAGAGGAUCACUACCAGCGGGCCAGGAAGGAGCGCGAGAAGGAAGACUACCUCCAUCAGAAACGGCAGCCCAAGAGGAGGUGGCUUUUCUGGAACACCUCCUCCUCCCCUUCUGCCUCCCCUUCCUCAUCAGCAGCCACAGCCUCCUCCUCCUCUUCUUCAUCAUCGUCAUCCUCCUCAGCUGUGGUUUGACAGCCCCCCUUGCCCUCGCUCCAGUGUGUCUAUGAGAAGGUGGCGGCCGACUGACCGACCCGUACCAGCAUCUGGUCCACCAGCUAAGCCCUUCAGUGGAGAAUGUGGGAAAAGAGUCCUUGGUAGAGUGGGCAGGUACCAUACAGGGGGGCUCUGGACCAUGAGUCUCUGGAUCCUCUUAGGAGUUCUCCAGGGUCCUGAUCCCUGCUGUAGUUGCUCUGGCUGGAGACAAGGACAGGAUGGUUGUUAGAGCAGGGCCCCCACGGCGGGUUGCUGGCAUGCCGAAGGCUUUGCAGAGAGACUCAUCAGCAGGAGAACCUCACAUUUACUGGAGCGUGAGCUUUCUUUUGUUUUAAAACCAAUAUUCUACAAGGAGAAAAAUGAAAUUCCUUCGGGUUCUGUCUUGUUUUGUCCAAUGGCGACUCACUCCUCCUCACCCCUGGGGCAUUUCAAACCGCAGCAGGAACAUGCCCUGAGAUUUCCACUGGGGCUUGUUUGACAGGGAGCAGCGCUGUCUCUCUUUGCACUUACCAGCCUGGCUCUGGCCUCUGGAACAUUUGCUUAGGCAGGAUGCACCUCCUGGGACCAGCCUAAACCUGUACAACCUUCCAGGAAAGCCCCAUGGACACCUAAGCAGAUUCAGCCUAGGAAUCAGUCUCCCUUUGCUGCAGAUGGAGAGUAUAUUCACAAAGCAGCCAGCUCCUCUAUUGACUGAGAACCCCACCCCAGUCCUCUGCCUUCCUUCCUGCUUAGUGAGCUCUCCUGGGAGGAUCUUGCAUUUAAUAAUCUCAGCUGGGGUCUGCUGUGAUUCUGUGACAAGGCUGUGGGUUUAGCCAGGGCCAGGUGGAGAGCUGGGGAAGAUGAGGUGAGAAGCAGCCUACCCAGAGGACUGUUUUGGGACAGGCUGCUUCUGCACCAAUGUGGGACCCUAGCCUCUGACUUCUUUUUUUAAAGACCACACACACACACAGCCCCAACUCUCCCAUUGGUUGGGAUUUUAGCUCUGAAGGCUCCAUUGUAAUAAAUGGUAUUUUAAAGACUAGCAUGGUCCCUGUGUGUUUGGAAGGAAGCAGGUGCUGCUUGGGAAGGCAGGGCCUGCCUGCGGCUGUGAAUCUCAGUCCUGACUGAUCCCCACCAUGCCCCUACCAAGCCAGCCACACACCCAGCCAAGCCACAGACUGGAGGAUGUUUAAGGCAAGGCACCUGAGCUCCACCACUCACAUGAAAUGGUUUAACAGCAGAGCCGUCAACUAACCUUACACCGGCAAAGUUCCCAUUGAAGUCAGCAGGAGUUUUGCUAGAGGCCUGCAUAAUAUUUAGCAGGCGCCAUCCACAGAGGCACAGAGCAGUUGAUUUGCCAUCAGCCAUAAGCUGAAUCCAAAUCAGACAUAAAACUCCAUGUUAAGGAGCCAGCAUCUAGUCUGGUGCGCUCUCCAAUUGAGUGUGGUGCCUCAGGGCCGGGAGUCAGGGAACCAAGGCAAAGGGAGAAAACGUGUGCACUUUGGCAGGGUUCUCUCUUUUGGAAAGGAGGCAUUGGCAACCUGGUCUGGCCCUGCCUAGCAGCUGUUAAAGGAAGAGCUGUCCCACACAGCAGCUUUGGAGGAUGCUAGUUGCAUAGACAGGUGUCUUGAGGGAUCAUAUUUUUACACCUAGGUGGGGUUACUCUGCUCCUGACCAGAGGGCAGGGACAGUGGCAGAACAGUGUGCAUUUUACACUUACUACCCCACCUGGAGCAGAGGGUCAGUUCCACUGCUAUGAGUCAUGGUCACCUCCACAAGGUUGGGCUACACCCAAGCAAUAACUGACAAGGGAGGUGGUGAGGAAUUGGGGUCUGAUCCAACACCCAUGCAUUCAGAGGGAAACUUUCCAUUGGUUUCCCUGCUUGUUGGAUCAGGUCAUUAGCAUUAAUGUUGCUGGUGACAGCUAGAAUGGAGUCAGGGAGCUCCGAGGGCAGCAAUCCUGUUUAUGUGCUUUGGCAGCGUGGUUUAACAACCGAGACAUAGGAGGUGGGCAAGGGCAGGCUGGGGCUGCCUAUUCUCUCUGUACAAAGGGUCAGUUAUUCCUUUGCUGGUCCCCUCUCUGGGAGGGGCACUUAUCUUCUGCCCACUUGAUGUGCACAUCUGCUUCCACCUCAGCAGUUAAGAUCCACUUCAGCAUCUGCUCAAGGCAGUGCUUUGUGCACAGGAAAAAAUAGUCAACCUUAUGCCCGAUGGCAUGCUAGCCUUAGGAGCCAGCCUCUCCCUCUGCAAUGAUGGGGAAGUUGGUGGGGGGGUACAGAGCCCAGAUAUCACCCUCUGGUUGUGUCUCAUUUGAGACAUGCCAACCUUUCCUUGGAAGCCAGACCUGUGUUAAGCUCCCUAAGGUGCAGUUUCUCUUCAACCUGGCUUAGUGAAGAUGCAGCGAUUUAUAAGAGCAUCAGUGCUAGCUUUGAUGCUACACAAACCUAUCAAGGAGGCCCCACUCCCACCUCCACUGUAAUAAGCUUUCUGCAGCUGGAUGACUGCUUCUGCCAGGCAAAUGUUGGUUUUGACACAAAAUAAGGUGGGUUUGGGGCAAGUGCCACUGAAGGUCUGAUUCUCCUUUGCCAGGCACCUGGUGUAAUUUACAGCUGUGCCACAUAGGUGUCAAAUGUCAUUGGUUAGUGGAGAGAGGAGAGAUGCAGAUACCCAGGAGCAAGAGUUUGCUAUGCUGUGUUUACUGCCAUGAAGGGGAAUGGAGGAUCAUAACAUAAGCCACAAUGAACUGUGUGAACCAGAUGAUGUAAAUGUGUGAGCUCUGUAGAUACACACCAGCUCGUUCUCCAUUGAAACCCAGACCACUAAGUCAACAUUGUGGCUGAAGGCUGCAGGCGGGAGGAAGAAUGAGACAUUUUAGCGUAUAAAAAGUUUAUUCUUCCUUCAUACAGGUCAUGUAUAAAAACUGGAAAUAUUUUUUAAAAACCUCGCUGGGCUAGAGCUCUGUAUAAACAACUAUCACACAGGAAAAAAAAUCCUAUUUUUAUAUUACCUUUUAAGUUAAUAUUUACACUUAAAAUUCCUAAUAAAUACAUAAAUAUGGCAUCUACUCUUGCUUCUUGUUUUAAGCACAGCUUUAAAACCCAG